AUGAAAAACUCUUGAGAGCAUAUUCUGCACUGCACAUCACAUUCUGAACUGGGACCAUGUGGCGGUCUGUUUUGGCUAUCUCCAGCUGGUUCCUCAGUCAUUUUUAAAAUCAGCAUUACCUACCGAAGUGUCACUGACAGUGGCUCUAGCUGGCUGAAGCCUUAUUACUCUUUAAAGAGCAAUUUGGUUGGUUGCAUGGCUAUUAGGAUUAGACAGCCAGGAUUAGAGCUGUCAGGACAACUGCUUCCUUUCCUUUUUUUGCACAGUUCUGACAUCCUUUUUCUUUUUUCCACCGGACACAAACAGUGGAUGCUGUUAAUCCAGCUCACAUUGAAAGCAGUAAGAUGUAUUCCCACUGAAAGCUGAAGUGGAGAGCGGAAAUUAUUUUGCAGAAGCAGCACUGUAGCACAUCGGCUGGCUGCUAUGUGGGUGAUGCUGGAUCAGUGAGAAAUGUGGCUUUCCUCAGGGCUAUAUCAGUGAGAUAUUACCUCAACAUCUGAAGAUGGCAAAGCAAGCCCCAGUUCUCAUUUCUCAGUGAUUAAUGACAUCUUCCAAAAGAGAAUGUAGCGCAGUGUGAGGAAAAUAAAGAUGUGAAGAGCUUGUGAAAAUAACUCUUGGAAAUGUUUUGUAGGGCAAAAAAGGGAAAUUUUUCUAUAUUUGAACUUCUUUUAUUUCUGUUCUUCCUGUUCUGUGUUCCAACUCUUGGCAAGCUGAGCAGAACCAAGGGGAGAUAUGGGAAGGGUGGAUCCCGCCUUCGUCAGGAGGAUUCCCCCCCUCGGAUAGUGGAACACCCCUCUGACCUCAUUGUCUCCAAAGGAGAGCCCGCCACUUUGAACUGCAAGGCGGAAGGCCGGCCUACCCCCACCAUCGAGUGGUAUAAGGAUGGUGAGCGGGUGGAGACCGACAAGGAUGAUCCUCGCUCCCACCGCAUGCUGCUUCCCAGCGGCUCGCUCUUCUUCCUCCGCAUCGUGCAUGGCCGACGCAGUAAACCGGACGAGGGGAGUUACGUCUGCGUGGCCAGGAACUACCUGGGGGAAGCCGUGAGUCACAAUGCAUCGCUGGAGGUGGCAUUGCUGCGGGAUGAUUUCCGACAGAACCCCACCGAUGUUGUUGUGGCUGCUGGAGAACCAGCAAUUUUGGAAUGCCAGCCCCCACGUGGUCACCCUGAACCAACCAUUUACUGGAAAAAAGACAAAGUGCGCAUUGAUGAUAAAGAAGACAGGAUCACAAUCAGAGGUGGAAAGCUGAUGAUCUCCAACACCAGAAAGAGUGAUGCAGGCAUGUACAUCUGCGUAGGGACCAACAUGGUGGGAGAAAGAGACAGUGAAACUGCACAACUAACAGUGUUUGAGCGGCCUACGUUUUUGAGGCGACCGAUUAACCAGGUGGUCCUUGAGGAAGAGGUGGUGGAGUUUCGAUGUCAGGUGCAGGGGGACCCGCAGCCCACUGUGCGUUGGAGGAAAGAUGACGCUGAUCUACCCAGAGGACGCUAUGACAUUAAAGAGGAUUACAUGCUUCGCAUAAAAAAGGCUUCCAGCAGUGAUGAAGGUACCUACACAUGUAUUGCUGAGAACCGUGUUGGAAAAGUGGAAGCUGCUGCAACCCUUACAGUCAGGGCUCCUCCUCAGUUUGUGGUCAGGCCAAGAGAUCAAAUCGUUGCACAGGGUCGAACUGCAUCCUUCCCCUGUGAAACAAAGGGAAGCCCUCAGCCGGCUGUCUUUUGGCAGAAAGAGGGAAGCCAGAAUCUACUGUUCCCAAACCAGCCCCUCCAGACAAACAGUAGAUUUUCAGUUUCCCAAAGUGGAGACCUCACAAUCUCCACUGUCCAGCGAUCAGAUGCUGGAUAUUACAUCUGCCAGGCUCUCACUGUUGCUGGCAGCAUCUUAGCAAAGGCCCAGCUGGAAGUCACUGAUGUGUUGACCGACAGGCCCCCACCCAUUAUCCGCCAAGGACCAGCUAAUCAGACGCUAGCAGUUGACAGUUUGGCUCUGCUAAAGUGCCAAGCCUUAGGUGACCCUAUUCCUACGAUCAGCUGGUUAAAGGAUGGUUUGAGUCUCCUUGGAAAAGACUCUAGGAUGUCUCUCCAGGACCGAGGAAGCCUUCAAAUUAAAAACAUACGGCUCUCAGAUUCUGGCAUCUAUACCUGUGUGGCUGCAAGUUCCAGUGGGGAAACAUCUUGGAGUGCUUUUCUUGAAGUGCGAGAAUCUGGAGGAGCUACAGUGAGCAAGAAUCAUGAUGUCAAUGAGCUUCCAGGACCCCCGUCCAAACCACAGGUCACCGACGUCACAAAGAACAGUGUCUCGUUGUCUUGGCAAACAGGCAUGACAGGCAGUUCACCUAUCACAUCCUAUGUCAUUGAAGCAUUCAGCCAAUCAGUGAGUAACAGUUGGCAGACAGUUGCUGAUCACGUGAAGAUGACCCAGUUCACUGUGAGAGGACUUAGACCAAACACAAUCUAUCUGUUCAUGGUCAGAGCCGUCAACUCACAAGGACUCAGUGACCCAAGUCCAAUAACAGAUCCAGUACGGACUCAAGAUAUCAGUCCACCAGCACAGGGAGUGGAUCACAGGCAUGUGCAGAGAGAGCUGGGGGAGGUGAUUAUACGACUGCACAACCCUGUUGUUCUUACACCGACAACCAUUCAAGUUACUUGGACAGUGGACCGGCAAUCUCAGUUUAUCCAAGGCUAUCGAGUGAUGUACAGACAGACUUCCGGCCUGUCCUCUCCUUCCAGCUGGCAGAGUACGGAUGUGAAAGUUCCAACUGAGAGGAGCACUGUGCUGUCCAACCUCAAGAAAGGCAUUGUAUACGAGAUCAAGGUUCGGCCAUAUUUCAAUGAAUUCCAGGGGAUGGACAGUGACUCCAAGACCGCUCGUACAACUGAGGAAGCCCCGAGUGCCCCUCCUCAGUCUGUCACUGUCCUGACGGUGGGGAACCACAACAGCACAAGCAUCAGCGUCUCCUGGGACCCUCCCCCUCCCGACCACCAGAAUGGAAUCAUCCAGGAGUACAAGAUUUGGUGUCUUGCCAACGAGACUCGAUUUGACAUCAACAAGACAGUAGAUGCAGCUAUUCGCUCUGUGGUUAUUGGGGGGCUCUACUCUGGGAUCCAGUAUCGUGUUGCUGUGGCAGCAAGCACCAGUGCUGGAGUGGGAGUCAAGAGCGAGCCUCAUCCAAUUAUUAUUGGGAAUUUCAAAGAUGUCAUUAUGAGUGGAGCUGGGAGCAACAACAGCAUCACUGAGCAGAUCACAGAUGUUGUCAAGCAACCUGCUUUCAUUGCAGGCAUUGGAGGUGCAUGCUGGGUCAUUCUAAUGGGCUUCAGUAUCUGGCUGUACUGGCGCAGAAAGAAAAGAAAGGGUCUCAGCAACUAUGCAGUUCAGUCCUUCACCUUCACCCCUGCAGUAACCUUUCAGCGAGGGGAUGGAGGCAUGGUGAGCAAUGGGAGCCGCCCAGGACUACUAAAUGCAAGUGACCCAGGUUACCCUUGGCUGGCUGACUCUUGGCCUGCUACAAGCAUUCCUGGCAACAAUGGGCCUAAUGACCUUGGAAACUUUAGCCGCGGAGAUGCUCUACCACUGGUGCCAAGCCAAGGGGACAAAUCCGGAACUAUGCUCUCAGACGGAGCCAUCUAUAGCAGUAUCGACUUUACCACUAAGGCCAGCUACAAUAGCCCCAGUCAGAUUCCUCAGGCCACCCCUUAUGCCACCACACAGAUCCUGCACUCCAACAGCAUCCAUGAACUUGCCGUUGACCUCCCUGACCCUCAGUGGAAGGCCUCAAUCCAGGCCAAGCAAGACCUGACAGGAUUGGGUUACUCGCUGCCAGACAAAACAUCAUGUAACAACACCCUACUUUUCAUUCCUGACUACCGAUUGGCUGAAGGAUUGUCUAAUAGAAUGCCACACAACCAGUCACAAGAUUUCAGCACCACCAGCUCUCAAAACAGCUCAGAAAGGAGUGGCAGUCUCUCAGGUGGAAAAGGAGGCAAGAAAAAGAAAAACAAAAGUGGAUCCAAACCUCAGAAGACAAAUGGAUCAAACUGGGCCAAUGUUCCUCUUCCACCUCCCCCAGUACAUCCAUUGCCUGGUACAGAACUGGACCACUAUGGCGGAGACCAUCAAGAAGGAGGGUAUGGUAAUGAUGGCUGGGGACCCCCUCUACCAGUCCAGACAUACUUGCAUCAGGGGAUGGAGGAUGAACUGGAGGAAGAAGACGAAAGAGUACCAACACCUCCAAUCCGAGGAGUGGCCUCCUCUCCCGCCAUGUCUUAUGGACAGCAGUCUACCGCAACCCUCACACCCUCGCCACGAGAGGAAAUACAGCCUAUGCUUCAGGCCCACCUGGACGAACUGACCAGGGCCUACCAGUUUGAUAUUGCAAAACAAACAUGGCAUAUGCAAGGCAACCCCCAUCCUCCCCAGGCCCCAGCACCUCCUCUUGGAUACAUUUCCAGUACCCUGGUCUCAGACCUAGAAACUGACAUUCCAGAUGAGGAAGAUGAAGAUGAAGACGAGGAUGAAGGAUAUGAAAUUGCCAGGCCACUCAGGGGUAUAGAACAUACUCCAGGCUCUAGUAUGGACAAUCUUGACAGCUCCGUGACAGGUUCAAUGGUUAAUGGAUGGGGUUCUGCUUCAGAGGAGGAACAUAACUUAUCUAGCCAUAGGUCUAGCAUAGGUAGCUCCUCUGACGACUCCAUAUUUACCAAUGGCAGCUUUGCCCAGGCGUUGGUUGCUGCAGCAGACAAAGCUGGCUUCAGGUUUGAUGGGACAAGCUUAACCAAAAAAGGUAAAGGCUACUCUUCCUCUCAGAGACCUCGGCCCGGCAGUCCGUUUUCAACAGACAGCAACACCAGUGCAGCUCACAGCCAGAACCAAAAGGCCAGGCCAACAAAGAAACACAAGGGAGGCAGACUGGACCAGGCACCCAUGCCUCACCGCAGGGAAGGCAUAGCAGACGACUUGCCUCCACCCCCAGACCCCCCUCCAUGCCAGGGAUCCCGGCUGCACUCAGGUUCAGGGCAGAGAGGAAUGGGCAUGGGCGGCUCUGCAGAGAGGACGGCCAGCUCCCUGGAGAGACAGCACGUCUCCUGCCUCGAGGAGAAGAAGAGCUCCCUGGAGCGGCAGACCAGGAUGUCUCUGGAACGGCAGAGGCAAGCCCAGGAGCGCGUCGGCUCCAUGGAGCGCAGCGAUGACAUGAGGAGACUCCACAAGCAAGCACAUGGAUCAGAAGAGGCACUGGUGCCAUACAGCAAGCCCAGCUUCCCAUCUCCAGGAGGACACAGUUCUUCAGGAACAUCUUCUUCAAAAGGAUCAACUGGACCAAGGAAAGGGGAGGUCACAAGGGGGCCUCACCAACGUAACACCACAGACCUCCCAGAUCUAGGAUACAUGGGAACAAAUGGCCAAGGACAGUACUCUGGUGAAUUAUAGUAAUUUGAAAAGGAUGCAUCGUUAGCUGCUUCUGACACCACCAGGUCUGAUCUCACCGAAGUGAUGACACCCAUUGGUGUAAUGAACUUUUUCCUUAUUUAUGUACUAUUAGAAAAAAAAGAAACUGUAAAUGUGAUGUAAAGACACACAGACACACAUAUCCCACAGUUACUCUUCUUAUGUUUUUGUCCUCUGAAACACACCUCCCACCUUAACUAUUUCUUGUCAGGAGAAAAAAAAAGAAAAUGAAAUGUAUUUAAAGACAAAUGAGAAACAAAAAAGAGCACCCUCCAAGGCAAAGGGAUUUUGUUUUUGUAAAUAAUCUUUUGUUGUUGCAUUGCUAUGCAAGAUCACUUUUUAGCUUUUUUUUCAUGAUAGUCAGUUUUUAUUGGUCAUUUGUACUAUACGUGAAUUAAUAGGCUGUGGUGCCAUAAAAUAAUUGUUUUAUUGUAUAACAUUUUUGUUAUAUGUUUAAUGUUUUGCACUGCAAUUUUUUUGGUGAUAAGCACAAAACCUUAACUCCUUGUGACAUGAAGAAAACCAGACUGAAUUUGAAGGGCGUUGUGUACUGUAAACUGUAAAAAAGGAGGUUUCUUUUGGAAAGAGCUGAAUCAUCUUCAACACUAGAAAGGAUAUUGUAUUUAAUGGGGCCUGACCUUUCUAGGAUUAAGUAGGCUUGUGACAGACAUGUGAUGGUAACAGAUAAAUCUGGUUCACUACUUAGAGUAAUCUUGGAAAAAAAAAAAAAGCUGGAAUGAUAGUACCAAAUAGGUGUUUCACUAGAGUUGGUUUAAACAGAGGGUGUUACAAUUAGUCCUGCCUGUGGCUUGUGCCUUGUAAUCCACAAAACCCCCUAUUAAAAAAAAUUAAUUGAAGACCCAAUGACAGUACAUUUCAAGGACAGUAUUCCAAAAGGGCAUAACACAAUGUUUCAGUUUCCUAUUAUGUCCUUAUAUCUUAUUAUUUGUAAUUUGCCAACUGUAUACUGAAGGCCAUAUCAUUCUGUAUCUUAUUUUAUGUACAUUUUACCUAUCUGGCACUGUUUACAUUGUCACUCCUGACAUCUACCCAUUUGUUACAUCCUUUUGCCAUGUGUCCCUCAGCUUGUCAUAAUAAAGUGAGAUUCACUGUUUCAAAUGCUGUUCUAAAGUAAUACAAAAAAAUGACUUUUUAGAAUCUAAAGUAAAUUGAUUUUCUGAAACCUUGAAUAUCCGAAAACAAGACUGUUUGAAGCUUUAAAGGAAAUUUGGUUUUACAUUUGUCACCAGUAGAAUAUUUUAUUCGCUGCAGCAGUAGAAUCACCAUUCACUUUACAAAUUAAAAUUGGAACUGAUGCUAUGAACAAAGAAAGAUGAUAAGGUACAAGCCCAGAAUAAUUAAAUAUUUUACCACUAGCUUUAUGUUCCCAUGGUUAUCUUAGGAAAUUACAAAUAAAGUGUAUCAAUUAGCCUUGUGGCUUAAGUUAAAGAUGCAUGAUAUUUUCUAAUAGUGUAACAGAUCAGUAUCCAGCUCAGAUAGUAUCUCUUGAUUUUAAAGUUCUGGUGCUAUUUCUCUCUCUCUCUCUCUCUCUCUCUCUCUCUCUCUCUCUCUCUCUCUCUCUCUCUCUCUCUCUCUCUCUCUCUCUCUCACAUUUGGUUUUAAAUAAUACAUUAAAAUAUUUAGACAUUUAUAAAAACAUAAACAAGUUCAUAAUUUUACAAUAACUACUGUAGAUAUUUUGUCCUUAAAAAAAAAACAUGGUGCACCUUUAACAUAGUGUAAUUGUGAGGAAAUAUAUUUAGCUGAAAAAAAACAACAACAAAAAAAUGAAUGUCUAUUGACUGUUCCUUUACACACACAAUAAAAUAUUUAUACAGGUCUAUAACACCUAAAUGACUGUUUACCCUUUGCUCAGAUUGUAUGCAUGUUUUGUAAUAUUUAAUAAAUUAUACACAGUAUGUUAAACUUGGAAAAACAUUUUAACAUUGUGGAAAGCUAAUCACAUAGCCUUGUUUAAACGAAAAAGUGUUCAUGUAUGUCCUUUGAAAUAUAUGUGAGCAGAAAGUGCAUUGUUUCAAAACUGGGUGCCUCAACCUUAAUUCCACUGGAGUAUUUUGAGUGCAUAGUAGUAAUUGUACAAGCUGUAUUUGUCUAAAGAACUGUUCCUGUGGCUAAAAGUAAAGCACGUAAUAGCAAUUGAUUGGUGCUAUUCUUUAAUGAAGCCCACCACACCCCAUAGUCUUGCACUGAAAAAGGUUGCUAAAUGGAGACUUGCUGCAUUAGUAUGGAGGUUAGGCUGCUCUUAGUGAAACACCAUCUGCUCAGUGUGACUAAAUACAAAAUUUGAAAAAAAAAUUGGGAAGUCCAAAUAAAAUGGUGUCAGUAUUAGGUUUUGACCUAGUUCUAGUAUGUUUACCUGCCUGCUUGUAGUAUACAUUGGACUGUGUAAGUGAUCAAUUGUGUAACAUUGUAUUCAUGCCAUCACAAGGUAAGGCUCAGCUGUUUUUAUCACACUGGGGUUGUACUACUGUUUCCAGCUUCUGUCAGGCAGCAUCUAUGGAGCCAGAUCGCAACCUUUUCAUGUCGGUUGUGUAUUUACCUUCUUUCUUAACAAGAAGCCAAUCUGUCUUAGAAUACUAAUGUCUAACAGCUAUAUUCAGAAACAUUGAGUGUUAGUGCUUUCUCAAUAUCAGCAAUCAUUAACUUGGCACACAAGUGAGCACUAACACUCAAGUGUUUCUUAAUAUGGGUAUAAGACAGUUCAAAUCAAAACCACAUAAUUCCCAGGCCCAGUAACCAGGACAUUCUUGGGUAAAAUAUGAAUGUUUAGAUCAAAAGCUCAGUUUGGCUGGAUAUGUCUCUUUGAAAAAUGCAGUAUGUACUGAUACUGAUGCUUUGAUACCUCUUAGGAUCCCAAUUGUCCUACCCUUCAUAUGAAUUCAGCAAUAUUUAUUGAUUUCAAUGUAUUUCAGCCCAUCCCACCAAAAGUCUUAUUUGACCUUAGCUAAGUAUUAAGACUAUACUACAAAGAAAAUAAAAUAUUUUACUUAAAAUGACUCUGGUAGCCUAUUGGGCUACUAUAGAAAUGUGUGUAUACAUUUUGUGCAUACAUAUUUAUUUAGCCAUUACUAUGGCUGUAGUGAAUAUGAACACUAACACAAGACAUCGAAGCCAAGUAAAAGUGACUGCAUCACGACACUUAAUUGUCCAUUUUAUGAUUGUUUCUGUCAAUUACUUUUUUUUUAUUACCACAGAAUUAUUUAAAGCAAACACAAGUUUAAAUGCAUGUCUAUAGUAGUGAAAUAUGACAAAAGCACUUGAACAUAAUGUGUAAACCUUCUGUUGGGGAAAAUAUAUAUAUAUAUAUAUAUAUAUAUAUAUAUAUAUAUAUAUAUAUAUAUACACACCUACAGUUAAUUAAAGAGAUGAGAUGCAGCAGUUAUCUCCAGUUGUUUUAGCAGUCAAUUAUAAACUCAGUGGUUGUUGCUGCUUUUAUUUUUAUCUUAUAACACUCUCUUGGAUUCACUAGCAGUGGCUUUUAAGUUCAGAUUUAUAUUACAAAGUGGAGAUAAAGAAAAUAUUGUGGGAGACAAAGGCUGAUGAAUUGAACAAAUAUCUGUAGCACCCUUGUUACAAAAUGUUUUUUUUGUUUGUUUGUUUUUUAAAUCACAGCAUUGUUUGUUUUCUAUUUAUUAAACGUUAUACUGUGAUAUAUGAUAGAUGUUAAAUAUACAUUUGUGUAAUGUAAACUGGGUUAGCCAACAGAGAAACAAGAAGAUGUCAGAGGGAUGUUAGCAAUUUACUGAAGGAGUUUCAGCAUUUGUUCUGUUCAUUUGAAAAACAAAACAUUCAAGAGCCUCAAAGGAGCUUCACAUUGUGUACUGCAUUUUAACCAUUAGCUUUCUUUGGUUUUGAAGAUAUAUUUUAUAUGAACUUUAAAAUUGCCCCCCACCACCCCUAAUACUUUGCCUGACAAGACAAUAGGAAAGUGUUCUGCUUGUAAGGAUAAGAGUUCAAUGGCUUUCUCUCUCAUUUGUUUAUUUCAUACAGUAAUGUUGGUUCUUUGUAGUCAUUCUGUGUGUUGACUUUUUGCUAAAAGAAAAAAAAAGAAAAUGUGUUUCUCUGUACAGUACUGGAAAAGGAUGGAAACAUCCUAUAGCUGUGUUGCAGUCUUUACAUUUUGUUCUUUCUUCUGUACUCACUUGCAUGUGUUUGUCUAAGAAAACUUUUACAAAUUUAGUUCUCAUGUUCUGUACAAUAACUCCAUUCUCCUUGUACCUGGAUCACUAGCAACAAAUAAAAUAUUUUUGAAAAAUG